AUGAUUAUAAAUCCUAUAAACGUGAUCAACCUUUUGUUAGCUACGUUUCAAACUAUAAAACCUUUUCAAGCUCGCGAGGUUGAGUAUGUUGAAGAUGAAGAAGAGUGGACUGACGAAACGGUGCCACAACCGUCUUCAUCGGUUUGCCAAGACACAGCGGUUAACUUCGACUAUAAAAAGAGAGCAGUAGAAUUCUGGAGAAGUGGAAAGUCCGGCAAUCUCAAAUUUGCCACUGUCCAAUAA